GGUUCAUCAAGUUCGAGGCAUUUGAGAUUUACACGUCCGCACUCUGUAUCUGACUGUUUGUAGAGCAGGCAGAAACGAUGGGCUUAUUUUUCUUAAUAUUUGGUUUACUUGCAUCACAUGCAAGCGCAUCGUCAGUGUCUAUCAAAAAUGCGAAGACCUGUGAAUCGCUGGGAUUUUCUGGUGCAGAGACUUGCACUGUUGUCCGUGGAUUUUCUGGUUUAAAGAGCUAUGAGGAGCCGAGGGGCUCAAAUAGACCUAAUUCGAUGAUCUACGUGGCUGUCUUGGACGAAAACGAAUUUUCAGCAGGCAGUGAUGAAAUUUUCCAGCUCUCGACGACAACGACCGAUAUUAGUAUUUCGCCAAAAGUGAGUUCAACCGGAAUUUUGAACCGGGUACAAAUUUACAACUACCCUGGAGAAAAUGUGCCUCGAUUCGUUAGGUUGAAUGGGGAGCUUCUUAGACGCGGCCACAUCCACUAUCACAGAGAUUUAAAAAUGCUCGAAUUACUGGAGCUCAAUAUUCCCCUUGACCAAACCACCCACUUGACCCUCUCGAGGAACGACAGAGCCGGGGACCAGAUUGAAUGCGCCGUGUCAUACAACCAACGCAACCCGGACUACUCGAUCCCGCAAAGUGCUUGUUUCUCGCCGUGCACUUGGGACGGCAGCAAUUGCUGGAUGCCUGAUUUUACAAGCUACGGCUACGUUGUGGCCGGUGCCGCAACAAACACGUCCGCUUCCAUUACCAUUCCUCUGAGGAAAUUCGGAUCUGCUUUAUAUGGAAUGGCUGUGGACAACAUCGCCGUUGACAUAACCAUUUUGACAGAAAAUUCAGUCCGAAUCAGAUUCUACGAUCCGGUUAAUCAAAGAUACGAAGUGCCAAUUAACAUCAACAAUGCCCCACCUGAGAGGGCCAUCUCAACAAAUGAAUUCGAUGUCAUUUACCCUGAGCAGGAAGGCUCGGUAUUUUUCUUACGGAUAGUUAGAAAAUCUACUGGGACAGUCAUAUUCGACACCUCCAUAUCUGGAAUCACUUUCGAGGACCAAUUGUUGAGUUUGGCUAUCAGGCUGCCCUCGCGAAACGUUUAUGGAUUGGGCGAAAGUUAUCAUCCAACGUUCCGCCGCGAGUUGGACGACUCGACUUGGCCACUCUGGGCGAGAGACGAGCCACCAAAUCCUUUUGCCAAAACUAGUUUGUAUGGAACUCACCCUUAUUACUCGGUCAUUGAAGCCGACGGAAAUGCGCACGGGGUGCUGCUUUACAACAGCAAUGCGCAGGAGUACAUUCUGCAGUCGGGCGCUCCUGCCGUCGUUUUCAGGACAAUUGGAGGAGUUCUCGAUUUGUACGUGAUGACUGGCCCAAAACCCGAGGACGUCACGCGGCAGUACACUUCUCUUGUCGGACGGUCCUUCCUGCCGCCGUACUGGUCAUUCGGCUUCCAACUCUCUCGUUACGGCUACAACAAUUUGCAAAACAUGAAAGACGCCAUCGCUAGGACCAAAAGCUGCAACAUUCCAAUUGACGUUUUUUACGGAGAUAUUGACACAAUGGACCAACAAGCGGACUUCACAAUCGACCCGGUCAAUUUUGUUGGCCUCCCCGAAUAUGUGGAUGAGCAGAGGGCUCUUGGCAUGCGUUACGUGCCGAUCAUCGACCCUGCCAUUCCUGGAAACCGCGCAGGCUAUGACACAUACGAAAGGGGUCUCAGGGCGGACGCUUACAUUACCACGGCGGAAGGAAACAUUCUUUUUGGAAAUGUGUGGCCGCCAGAGCCGGUAGCUUUCCCCGAUUUCUUCCGCACCGGCACACUGAACUGGUGGAUCGACGAAAUUACGCGUUUUUACCAAGUACUCAGAUUUGAUGGCCUCUGGAUUGAUAUGAACGAACCUUCUAAUUUCAACACAAACAUUCCUGACCCCGAGGGCGAUUACACGCUUUCCUGCCCCGCGAGCAUAUAUGAUGACCCUCCUUACGUUCCAAAGGCUGGUCGACUUGGCCCCACCGACAGGCUGAAUGACAAAACGAUUUGCUUGACAACCACGCAAGGCGACAAUGGAAUUUUCAGGCAUUACGAUGUACACAACUUAUACGGCUAUUCAGAAACCAUUCCCACCUCACGUGCUCUCCAGUCGGCAACCAACAGGAGAGGGUUGGUUUUCACUCGCUCCAGUUUCGUGGGCAGCGGAAUUCUCGGCGGUCACUGGACCGGAGACAAUUACGGCUACUGGGAUCAUAUGCAGUAUUCAGUUGUUGGUUUGCUGGACUUUAACAUUUUUGGUCUGCCGUACGUUGGUGCCGAUAUCUGUGGCUUCUUUGGCGACUCGGAAGAGCGUUUGUGCGAGAGAUGGCAAGAGCUUGGAGCAUUUUAUCCAUUUUCCAGAAAUCACAACACCAUAGGCACGCUUGAUCAGGACCCGUGCACGUGGCCGGCAACUGUUGGCGAGUCUACAAGGAAAGCCAUGAACAUCAGGUACACCCUUCUGCCCUUUUUCUACACCUCGUUCUACCGAGCCAAUCAGGGCAUCGACGGAACCGUGAUCAGAUCUUUAGCUUGGGAAUUCACGAGUGACCAAGAAACGUGGAACAUUGACCGGCAGUUCUUGUGGCGCGACUCGCUUUUGGUCAGUCCGGCUCUUGAUAUCGGCGCGCUCACAGUGACCGCGUACUUCCCUGCUGGAAAUUGGUUCGACUAUUACACGGGUGAAAAAAUUACUUCAAUCGGCCAGUACAUGCUGCUUGACGCGCCCUACGAUUUCAUCCCCUUGCAUGUGAGGAGUGGUCGCAUUUUGCCCACCCAGGAGCCGGCAAACAACACGGUCUUCAGCAGACAAAACGCGUUCGGUCUGAUUGUGGCCCUGGACGCAACCCGCAACGCCGUCGGCGACCUUUUCUGGGACGACGGCGAGUCCAUCGACACCGUGGCCGGCGGCACCUACCACUACAGCACCUUAAAUUUCGCCCAGGACACAUUGACUCAAACCGUGGACCACGCGUAUCCUGCAGCCCUGCAAGGGCUUCUGCUGGACAAAAUCGAGGUUUUGGGCAACAACGGCCAAGUGCCCACUGGUGUCACCGGCGACAUCAGUAUCGAUGCUUCAAUCGCCUACGACCCAACAUACGACAAAGUCAUCCUUACCGGUGCAGCUAUUCCAAUGGGACUGCCCUUUUCAAUAACCUUUACUUACUGAAAUUCCACCAAAAACUGUAAAAUUUGAGGUUAAAAAUAAAUGUAUUUUGAUUA